AUGAAGAUCAACUGGGUUCUCUGCGCCACUUUAGCAGGCCUCACAAUGCCCUCGGCUGCAAAGACAUCUCCUGCCGAUCCAGCCGUUCCUGCUAAUCUGCGCCGCUGGACAGUGUUCACUAAUAUGUUGGUCAUCGAGCAGGAUCUCAGAUGUGUUAUCUAA